AUGCCGUCAACUGAUACAUUGGAGGUGGAUACAGAUGAAUGGAUUACUGAUUCAAUACCGAUAAAUCAAGAUGAAAUACCUCCGCCUAUACCGCCAAAAGAAAUUACAUCAUCAUUAAAUUCACAACUACAAAAACCACCUCAAUUAUCCAAAAAAAUAAGAAAAUCUGAAGAUAAUGAUUUAUCAAGGAUUCAAUCGAAUUCAAACAAUAAUGAUAUAUUACAAAAGUUAAAAACAUCAGAAGAUUCCUCAAAUAUUAGAUCAUCUAUUUCAUUAUCCACAACGUUUCAAAAAAAUCCAUUAAAUCCAUUGACUACUAUAGAAGAUGCAAGUUCCGUUGUAUCUAAGGAUUCAAACAAUAAUAGUAAUAAUGCAAAUAGUGAAAGCGAUAAUGAUAAACAACCUAAAUUUUUAAAGAAUUUACAAGAAUAUGAAACGAAUAAUCAAUUACAAAAAAGUAAUAGUAAUAAUAGUAAUAAUGACUUGCAUCAUCAAACAGAUGAAUUAAAAUUGGCAUCACCUAAAAUAAUAACAUAUAGAAAGUCAAAAAGAACAUCAAGUGAUGUGACAUUUGAUUCAAUUGGAUCAACUAUACCGACAACUCCACCUCCAUCAAGUAAAUACGAUACUAGAUUAUAUUCGGAUGAAUUUUAUAAAGAUACAAAAUAUAGAUUGGCGAUAAUGAAACGAAAUAUUGAGUUUCAUCAAUUAUUCAAAUCAUUGGAUUUGACUGAUAGACUAUUGGAUGAUUUUUCAUGUGCAUUAAGUAGAGAGAUUUUAUUACAAGGUAGAACAUAUAUAAGUGAAAGUUAUAUUUGUUUUAAUUCUAAUUUAUUAGGAUGGGUUACAAAUUUAGUGGUUAAAUUCGAAGAUAUCAUUAAAUUUGAAAAACGAUCAAUAGCUGGGUUAUUUCCAAAUGGAAUAAGUAUUGAAACUGAAGAUGGAUCAAUUCAUACUUUUGCAAGUUUUUUAUCUCGAGACCAAACUUAUGAUUUAAUGGUUACUGUAUGGAAAGGAAAAACAGGGAGAGUGAAUCAAGAAAAUCAAUCAAGAAUUAGUGAAGAUCAAGCUAGUCAAUCUGAACUUCAGGCGGUUAUUGAAAAUAAUAGAGGUCAAUCACCAAAGAUUCAUAAUUAUAUAAUGUCACUAGACGGAGAUGACGAUGUUGCAGCAAAAAUAGAAGAAGAAGAAGAAGAAGAAGAAGAACAAAAUGGUUCUGCAGGUACUGACGAAGAGGAUGAAAUUGAUGAAGAUGAAAAUACAAAACCAAUUUCAAAUGGAAAAAUAGCAUCCCCGAUCAAACGAAAGACAGAAAUGUCAAAAAUUGUUAAAUUAAAACCUGAAAGUAAAUAUUCUAAUAAAGGACCUGAUACUCAUGAACCAACAAUAGCAAAAUAUACAAAAUUUCCACAAGAAAUUGAAUUAAUUGAAGAAAAUAUUCAAGCUCCAAUAGGUAUAGUAUUUAAUAUAUUAUUUGGAACAAAUGAUAAAUUUCAAAAAGAAUUUUUAUUAAAUCAUGAUGGACUGGAAAUAUCUGAAUUUAAUGAAUUUAGACCAUCAAAUGAUGAUCCAACUGUAUUGACAAGAGAAUAUACAUAUAGAAGAAAUUUAGGUUAUUCAAUUGGACCAAAAUCUACUAGAUGUGAAGUUAUUGAAACUAUUGAACAUUUAAAUUUUGCAGAUUAUAUAAUUGUUACAACUACAACUCAAACACCAGAUGUUCCUUCAGGAUCUGUAUUUCAAGUUAAAACAAGAUUUGUAUUUACAUGGGGAGAAAAUAAUUCAACAAAUUUAUUAAUAAGUCAUUAUGUUGAUUGGAAAGGAAAAUCUUGGAUGAAAUCAGUUAUUGAAAAACUGUCAUUAAGUGGAUCAACAACAAUAACAAAUGAAUUAAUAAAAGAAUUAAAAAAGGAAAUUGAAGAAAAUACAAUUAGUGAAUUGAGUAAAUCAAUAAAGAAAAAGAAAGUUAAAAUUGUAAAUGAAAAACAUAAUAAACAACAACCAACUUCAAUUAAAACAUCACAACUUCAAAAGGAUAAUGCUCCUACUUUAAAAUUUGAAAAACUAGAUAUUCUAAUCAUUUUAGCUAUAAUUAUAAUAUUCUUACAAACAUUAAAUUUAUACCUUGUAUACUUUAAAUAA